AUGGACUUGAAGAGGGUGAAGUGGGUGUGCAGGGACUUCUGGGAGACCUUGAAGAAAACGGGCGGCGGCGGAAGCGGCGGCACCGUAAGCGUGAAGCUCGGAAGAUGGCGGGACCAGACGGAGCCGGAAAAGAGGGGCGAGCCGGGGCCGGGAGAAAAGCCCAAGCUCGGAAGCCGGCGGAAUCGGCGGAAGUGGUCGAUGCAGCUGGGUUCACGGGCCCGGCGGGGGCCCGGUCCGGGGCCCGGUCCGGGGGCCGAGGGGCAGGCGGCACCGGGCACCCGGGCAACCAGCGCCAACCCCCAGAAAGUCCUGAACACUGACUUGCGAUGUGCUUGUGACCCAGGCCAACCGGCUUCAGCGGAACAGCAUAUCGUCCUCCCCUCGGCGCCUCACGUCCUGCACUAG